CCUUAUUUGAUGUGUUUUCGUGAUUUGAAAACUAUUUGAACAAUUAGUUUGCAAUUCAUUUGUCGCGCAAUUGUGGCCAAAGUGUUGACACAUAAGUGACCGCAAGAGUGAAGACACUGACAAUUGUCUCAAAUGUUACCCACAUAUUCAAAUGAUAAGGAAUAUAAGGUGACCCGUGCUUUCAAAGUGAAAGAGAAACUUAGCGGAUGGCUGAGGCUCAUAUUGUCGGACAAAAACUCGAGAAAUUUAUUUCUGUUUUUAUUGCUGAAUCUCUCGUUCGCUUUCGUGGAGCUCUCGUAUGGCAUAUGGACUAACAGUCUGGGAUUAAUAUCGGACUCGUUCCACAUGUUCUUCGACUGUACGGCCCUAUUGGCGGGUUUGGCCGCUUCCGUCAUCACCAAAUGGCGAUCCAAUGAGCGCUUUUCUUACGGUUACGUGAGGGCCGAAGUGAUCGCCGGUUUCGUGAACGGGUUGUUCCUCUUAUUCAUCGCAUUCUUCAUAUUCUCAGAAGCGGUCGAACGGGCGAUAGAA